UAUGCUAACACAAUGUGGAAAGACACCGACAAGGUUGUAUUAGUCUACUGCCCUGAAUGGUACGACCUUACCGAUGCAAGUCCAGGUGUAAUACAGGAUUUGAGCAAAAAGAUAGAAUCUCAUUCCAUGGAUGUCCGUAGACAUUACGAGGAGAUGAUGCAGAAAUUAAAGAUCAAUGGAAAAUUUCGGGUUGUGAAUUGCUCUAAACCAGGUCAUGGCGUCAUUACGAUGAUUGAUGAAGUAAAAGCAACGUACGUUUUAACUGGAACACGCGGUCAAGGGAAAAUUAGAAGAACCAUCUUGGGGAGUGUAAGUGACUACAUCGUACAUCACUCCCCGGUUCCUGUCGUAGUUGCCCGCCGAGAAAAAGCACAUAAACAUGAAGAACGAGAAGAUGGCGAAUUUAAGCCAAUGGUUUAACGCAGUGAAAGUAAUGUAACAAUGAACUAAAGAGAGAGAAAGAGAAAGUGCAAAAUGAAAGGGAGGGAGAAGGAGAGAAAGCAGAGAAAGAAAAAAUAUCAAACGAAAGAAGGAAAAGGUGUGAAUCAAAAUUAUAAUUUUGUAGAGAAAACAAAACGUUUUUAUGUUGCUUAUUGAAAGUCACAUGUAAAAAAUAUAAUCCAUUUCUUUUAGUCACAUCAUUCAUUCCCAUAUCCCUACUUUCUUGUCAGUCUACCUACUUAUAUUAAUGUGUGUAUUUUAACAUAUAUAUAUAUAUGUGUAUGCGUGUGUAUGUAUAUAUGUUUAUGCACACACACAUACACACACACACACACAAUCAUACAUACUCAAAUGUUCUUAUAUAUGUAGACGAACACCUUUUCUUUAGACGUAUGUUGAAAAAAUGGAUAUGUUCUAGAUUUAAGUUUUUUUAAGGCUUUCUUUCCAUACGACAUUAUGAGAAAACAUAAUAAAAAAGUUAACACUAGAACAUAGUCGUGCUUUCAUUGUCACAUAUAUAUAAUAGUGGUAUAAAUAUACAUAUGUAUAAUAUCUAUAUGAUAUAUAUGUAUAUAUUCAUAGACAUAUAUAUAAUACAAAUAUAUGUGUAUAUAUAAUAUAUAUAUAUAUAUAUAUAUAUAUAUAUAUAUAUAUAUAUAAUAUAGGUGUAUGCGUAUGUAUGUGUGAGUAUACAUAUACAUACGCGUAUAUAUGUGUACAUAUACGUACAUAAAUAUAUAG